AUGGACAAGGUGCAACCUGAACAUCUGCCUGAGGUGUAUGAGCGAAAAACGUUUCCAUUCAAUCCCUCAGCGGGGCCCUCUCCUGCGGACAGCCGAUUGUCAACACCGGCGAUCUCCGUGCAGUCCAGUCGACAUCGGGCCUUGGGCGGGAAUCGGCCGCACGUGCUGACGACGCACGGGCUCGAGUUCAUCAACGAGCCAGGGCCGGCAGUUCAUCCUGCCUUUGGGCGGUCCCUGGCGCUGACGUCGCGGUCGCAGGAAGCGACCACCGGCACGAUCAGGGCAGAUGGCCUGGACAAGACUCACAGAAGCCAUAACUACAGCUCUGCCCACAACUUCGGCCACCACGAUGUGCGCAACAACAUGAACCCCUUCCUUACGCGCUACCGCAUUCCGAAGUGGGAGACGACCAGCACCAUGUACGGCGAGCACUACCGCCACCCGGAGCAGACCUACACCCGGCCCAUGAAGAACCGGAUGCCGGUCUUCCACGUCAACUUGUGA